AUGCGCUUAAAUGGCUCAGAGUUCAACCAAGAGAACCUUAUAGAUGCCUUAUCGACACUGAAGGAAGAAUGUGUGACAUUGAAGCGCAAUGGAAUAAAUCAUUGGCGACCGAAAAAGGGCGCAGAAUCACUCGAUGAAGACCCGGUGGAAGUGGAUCAUGUAGAAGCAGAGAUCAUGGAUGAAUCAGCCAACUUCCGAAGACCAGAAAAUCAGAUUGCGGAAGAAUUCAUUGAUUAUCAUGGUAACAGUGAUCACGAGGAAACAAGAGAUACCCUAGAACCAACCGCCGUUCCACAAGUUCACAUUUCCGAGGCGGCCGCUGAAGCCAAAAAUGAAUCCAAAGCGUUAAUUCAAUUGCUCGAUGAUUAUGGGUCUUCUGAUAGUGAAGAUGAAGAAUGGGUCACUUCAAAAGAACAAGAACCAGUGGAAACUUCAACUUAUUUUUUUCGAAAAAGCCCACAUCGUCUAGCACCGGAUGACGAUGAGCCUGAAGCCAAUAGCUCUAAAAAGGUUGAGCAAGAAGCGGAAGCUCCUAAAGUCAUAGUCUCAGCCAUGUCAGAACUCACAGAAAUCAAGGUUCAUCUGGAAUCUUCAUCGCCAGCUUCCUCGGCGUAUCUAGAAGACACUGCUUCUUCAGAAAUAGGAAAAGAUACGAAAAUCCUCAGCCAAUCCUCAGCCAAUUCCCCAGAUGACGUCAGUCCAGAGAUCCCAGUUGUUCCAGAAAAGGAAGUAGAAGUUGUUGGCACAAUGGUGACGUCACAAGAAGAACACGAGGAUCAGAAAGCCGGCGAGAGUGGAAACAAAGUUGUUGAUCAAGAGAUAGAUGAUAAGGGACAUCAAGAGGACGAUUCUUCAAGAACUGAACAAGUUCUAGAAGAAGCCAUGCUAGAAUCGCCAGCUGAAGAAUUCAUUGAAGCAGAUUUAGGAAACGGAGACAUCUCUGAAUCUCAGGAUCAGAAGGACCAAGAUUUCAUGGAUUUUGAAGGCAAUGGGCAGGCCACUGAAAUUCCUGGAGCUUCCAUUCCAUGUGAUUGGAGACCGACAACGCCGUCUAAAGAUUCAGAGACGCCAGAAAAAUUAGGGAAUUCAAAAUCAUCAUCUGAACCGUUGAAUGAAGAGGCCAAGCUAGAAUCCAAUGGGCUGGAUGUUCAGAAUCAAGAGGAAAAAGAAUUCGUGGAUGUUGAAGGUGCUCGAGAAGUUCCCCAUCACAAAGAUCCAGAUAAGAAGCUGGCUUUUGAAAGGAGUAGUGAAGAUGAUGAAGAAGUUGAUGAUGGAGAGGAAGAAGAAUUUCUGAAAGAAGAGAUGGAAUUACUGGAGUGGAAUCAGGAACACUCGAAGGAGAAGCCAAACGAGCUGGGACCAGGAAUUAUAGAAGCUUCGAAAUCAGUUGCGUCAGAAUUCAAACACCAUUUGGAACCUUUAUCGCCAGCUUCCACAGCGAGUCUAGAAGACGUGGCUUCUUCAGAAUCCUGA